UGCAGAAAUUAAAAAUGGCGGAUUCACUGCCCAGCAAAUACUACUCAGAAACAAAAGUUAUAAAGCUUAAAACUCAUCCUAGAAAUUUUUGUGAAGAAGACCUAGUGGUGAACCUUGACUCAUUUAUCAAGGAAAAGUUUAGGAUAUUUGAGGGAAUUGUCAUUGAGAUAUUUCCUGUUGAUGAAAGAAAGUCCUUUGGAAGAAAGAAUCACCUUUUAUUGGAAGUGAGGAAGAUUCCUGCAGAUGUACAGGCUAAAGGUGGUCCACUUAGCAUCAGUCAAGAGGUGGCUCAUGCCUUCAAUCUCAGUGGACUGAGGGAAGUCUGUAUUAGGAGAGUGGAUAAAGAUGAAGUGGCACUUGAUUUGGUUGAAUUCAGAUUUAAAGAUCAAGGUUUGUCAAGAAGUGACAUGUGGAGAUUUACCAAUUCACUGAUUGAUAAAGGGAUGUAUAUAUCAAGGAAGCUAUUGUUUGCUGGUAUGCUGUUGAAAGUUAGUGGAUUGUGGGCUAAAGGGGAAACUGUCAAGAGUGGAGUCGUGACUGACUCUACCAGGAUUGUGUUUAGAUCAGCCUCAUCGCAAUUUUUUUUAUUCAUACAAGUCAGCUCAGAGAUAUGGGAAUUUGAUCCCAAUGGUGAUACUUACUUUGAUAAAGCAGUUGAUGGUUUUUUGAAGGAUCUCUUCUCUGUUUGGAAGGAUAAAGAAUGUAAUCAUCAAUUGACACUCAUAUUUUUUGCCAGAAAAUAUUCAAGAAAUUAUACUGAUGGAAUGCUGACUGAUAAACACGGACGAUACUAUACUGAUUAUUACUAUGUUGUCGUUCAAGAAGAGUCUCAUGCUGACUGGUCAAGUGCAAUUGUUGAAGUCAAGAGAAGCUUCCAAUGCUUUCAAGAGCUCCUCAAUCCUCAGCCUCACUUGAUCAAUGGUGAUGGUGUUGUUCCUGAGCAGUUUGAUGAGUGGAUAUCAACUUCAGCUGAAGGGAAUAUAUUAGAAGCUACUAAUCUAGCAGUUAAUGUUUUGGAGAAUCAUUAUAAGAAUUGUAACUUCAAUACAACUGGUCAGCAAAUAGUGAUUGUAUCCCCAGGAGCAGGAGUCUUUGAGGUUGAUAAUGAACUGAACAGGCUAACAAAGGAAAGGAUAAUUGAUCAAGGUAUAGGAAUGGAUCUUGUAUGCCUCAACGAGCAGCCACUACAUGCUGUGCCAUUAUUCAAGUUUUAUUCUGGAUAUCAUCCUGAGGAUCGCUAUCACAUUCCUCACUGGAUCAACUACAGUUAUUAUAAUCCUUCAAGGCCUUGGACCCAGUUCAGAUAUCAGCCACGAAUAAAAAUAUCAGAUCAUCUUGUGAAUAAACAUCUGAAGACUAACCCGGUCCUUCUAGAUGAAACAGGAGAUUGUUCACAGAAAGCAAAACAUACUUGUGCUCCUCCAUUGCUGAAUCCCAAUGACCCACUGGCUCUUGUCGACUAUGACACUUAUGAUCGUAAUAUAUUUACAUUCUCUGGCUCUUCUAAGUAUCAUCACAGCUUUUCUGAGGACUCUCCUUCAGAGAAACCAAAGCUUGGAAGGCAUAGUACCGUUGAUGAUUUUUCAACAUCAAGUUACGAGCAUCAGAGUAGUAGUCCAUCUGAAGUUUCUAAAGCUAGUGCUAGAAAAAGACCACAACGAGCAAGGUAUCAUUCAGACAAUUACGACGACGAAACAUUCGAUGAUAGUCUGGUUAGAGUGGGCAGUGCUGAAAUGGUCGGCAGUUUUAUAAGCAGCAGGCAGCCGUUUAAAUCCCCAGUCACGAGGAGAAAGAAAGCUUUCAUAAAUCCGUUCGACCCGAGCAAGUCUCACGUUGAAGUCAACUCCCACCUCUGUCGAUGGAUGCACACCUUCCCUAGAGACACUUUGGGCAGAGCCUUCCAGACCCACCACGUGAAGGAGUUGGAGAAACUGGACGAGAACACAGAGCUUAAAACAAAAAACAGAUUAAGUACGCCAUCUUUAUCACUCUCUAACAAUAUGUCUACUGAGUCACCGAGUCUUGGUGAUACUAUCCAUGCUAGUACUGUUGAGAACUUUGCUUCAAUACGUCGAUCUGGAAUGGAUUGGACUUCGUUAACGGAGCCAGCUUGCCUCCCUCUUACGACAGAUUAUUAUCCUGAUAGCUAUGCCAUAUCCAGGGAUUAUGUUGUGUAUAAUUCGUCUCUCCUUGUAUCCAGUGAUGACAGCGAGGGGGCUGGGGAUAAGGGCGUGGCUGAUGGCUGGAGGGCUGACCAUCAGAAUAUCAAUACUGUCCAGGCUUUUAAGGAAAUGAUAUCACAAAGACUAGCACAGGGUUUUCAAUUGGUGUUUCACUAUGGGAGCCUAUACAGUUUACACAAAGAUUUAGAUGGACUUAUUAAAAGCAAGAGAAAGAAAAAAACUAUAAUAGUCAAGUUUAGUAUGGGACGAGUGUUUCAAAACAUUACUCUUGAAUUUCCACAUAUGCAUACCUGUAUCUACAAAAUGAAGACUCCUAUUAAUCUUAAAGAGGUACAGUAUAGUUAUAAGCUGGUGGCACACACAAAGACUCUUAGUGAUGCUAGCUGUGGCUUAUCUCACGAACGUAGGGAGAACUACAAUUGGAAUUAUCUCGACCAACACAUUUCUGGACAUGUUGAUUUUGAGCAAUACCAGGAGUCUCACAAGUACUGGAGGUGUAGGUUCCUAGUUCUUCCUUCUGAGGCUCCCCCCAGUGACAGGACUGGGGAAUCAAUGAGCUCCUGGCUAUGUGACACUACCAGUGGAUUCAUUAGACUAGUGGAACUGAUGAACAGCAUCAAGAGAACAUCACCAGCCAUCAAGAACCAGAAGAGAGACUUUGGUCGUUUUAAUUCAAUGCCGUGUCGCUCACCAUCCGUACACUCUACCACUCACAUCUCACCCUGUCCCUCUCCAACUGUAUCUCUUCCAAGGCAAAGAUCACGCGAGGACUUGUCCACUCCGUCUCGCUCCAACUCCGACAGUAAAAUGAAAUCACACGAUGAUCUCCGUAGCCCUGGUACCCGGAGUCCUGAUCUACGUAGUCCCCUACAUCACGAGCAGCUCCUAUCCUCAAGGAGCCCUCAGUUAUCGCUAAUGUCCAGUAACUCUCAGCGUAGCAGUAGGGAGAUAGUCGGCGAUUUGAAAGAGUUGACUUUUGGCAGUCGUCAGCGAUCGACCAGUCCUAAUCCUCAGAGACUAAGACGGAAAUUAAAGACGGCAAGUAUCGAGAACUUACCUACUGCCCACGAGGAGGAGACCCAAUAUCCGUCUUUAUACAUAGUCCCUUCCACUCCGACUAGGAUACCCUCUAAUGAUGACGAUGACCUGAGUCCGUUGGAUUUCCCUGAUGCUCCGUUAAUGAUUGUGUCUCCGCCUGAAAAAGUGCUCCAGGCUUUGUUGGAUAGGAAUGAUGGUAUUGAUCUGUUAGUCAAUCAACCUCCUUUAAGGAACAACUGCUUCCUCUCAAUGGAGGCUGUCAAGCUAUUACAAGAGAAGAUGGAUGGCUCUCCUACCAGGAGAGACAUCGUCACAAUGAUGCAGGAUAUGCUCAAGAAAGGACACAUUGUUCAUGCUUCUGGUGACAAGAGAGUUCCUUUCAUUGACGGGUUCUACUUUUAUUAUGCUCCUGAAUCUAGUAAUAUUGAAGAGCCUGAUAUUGAGUAUGAAGUGUUUUGUAAGAAGUGGUUUGAGGUUGGAAUCAAUCCCAUUAAACAAGAGACUGAGGCCAAUACUCCUAGUCAUGGCUCUUCCUUUCAAAGCUCACCCUACUACAUGCAUUCUGGUGACUAUGAUAAAGCAUUAGGUGAGGGGUUUAGUCGGUUUGUCGAGUUCAAUCCUGAUCAACAGUCAAUCAGUGAUAGACCCGAGUGGUGCUACAUUCACUACAGGACAAUGUACUAUCAGACUCAAGGGUACCCACUGGAGUUCCAAUGGAUGGCAUGCACUCUUUCACUACUACACAAGCUAGUUCAGAACUGGACUCAUAAAGCUGCUAUGUGUGGGUUCAAUUUAGUACCAGUUCACUCAUUGGGGGUCCUAGGAUUAGUGGACAGCACUAAUGACCAGCCACAUCCAUUCUUAAACUCAAUUGUGCUGUCAUUCCAGCUACCAUCAGAAUAUCAAGUCUAUCUCAAUGAUCUACAACAAGAUGAUCAUUCAGUUUUCUUAAUAAAUUUUUUUCAACUGAUUUUAGACAAGUUAGGAUUCCUUCUUGAUCCAACCAGUUUGAUGGAGUUAGGCUCUCCUGAUUAUUACUGGAAGCCCCAGCUUUCAACAGUCUUAUCAAGUGUAUUUAUUCAUCAUACUGGUGUGGCUAUUGUCCAGCCCCUCUAUGAGUCUAGAGCCCCUGGUUUCAAGUGGCUGGCAAAUAAUUAUUACUUACAACAAAAGUCAACGUCUCAGAGCGUCCUAAACAAGUAUGACGAAUUGAUAGAAACUUUUAAAACACUUUUAACUAACACUAAAGAGUUAUUAAUAUUGUGUAAUAAAGCUAAGCAGGAAUACUAAAAAUAAAAAUUAUGUUUUUUUUAUUUUGAA